GUGGAGCACAAGUCCGUAAACGAUGGAUGACAUACUGGCAGUAUUAAAACAAGUUGAGGAAGAAAAGAUCCUGGAAUGCUCCACAACAGAAGAAUUUUACGACAGACUGCUGAAUAUUGGUUGUCGUUCUCGUGCAGCAGACCAUCCAUACUUUCAUGGAAUGAGAGAUGGAACGCUACCAAAUGUGUUGCUGGCCUUAUGUGACUAUGCUUUGCAGAAGUCGGCGCUUCAUAAUCAUUUUAAAGAAGCUAGAGGUUGUGCAGACGAAGAAUAUGCAGCAACUCAACCUUUGCGUGCAAUUAGAAUGGAAACCCCAAAGGCAGCGCCCAUACUCAUUAACCUUGAGCAAAGGAGUAUUUCUGUUGUGGACGCAAAGUAUGAAGAUUUGUUUGGAAGACUCUUGAAAGCACUUGAACGAGAGGCAGGAUCGGAAGGGUUAGCAAUGCUUCCUCAAGUGAACGUUGGCAGGUAUUUUGGAGAAGAAUUUGGGAGACUUGUAGAGUCGGAAAAUUUUUUGUUCCUGUUAGGUGUUUUAAGUAUUCGAACAUUUCCAGUGGUCCACACAGUAUAUCGGUAUAUUCUGGAAGCGUUCAAGAAGUAUACGAGACUGUCACCCAGAGAGUACUUUUUCUACCAGCUUGGUUCAGAAUUGGAAACUCCGUUGUAUGGCUAUCUAAAGGAAAAAAUUUGUACGGUUUGUAAGACUAGGGAAGAUCGAUGGGAGGUGUCAAAAGGUUUUGCACAUGCUGCGGCUUGUCAAAGUCGAUAUUGGGAUCGUUUAUAUAGAAGAGCACUUGGUUAUCCCAGAAAUAGAUGGAAAGAUACAGAUAGACUUGAAAUACCCAUUUCGCCUGUAAGCAGAUUCAACCAGCUAAAGUCGCGCCUACUUCAGCAUAAAUUUGACCAUAGUGACCUUGAAGUUUUACCUGAAGAAUCGCAGGAGCAUUCUUCUAUUUCGAGUAACACUUAUUCAUUGGGGAAGCCUUCAGUGUGAAUCGAAUUGAAUGAUUCAUUUUUUUUGAGUUUGUUUUACUUUUGAAGUUGAAGGUUUUUAAUGACACAAUGGUCAAUGUAUUUUUCGUUACUAUGCUUGCUAAGGAUUGAGGCGAGUUGGAUUAGCAGGACGCUAACAUUAAUUGCUACACAGCAACGGAAGUUUCUAUGUGAUACUAGUUGGACUCUUUGCAUUUUCACAGGCUGGAUAUAUUUAAGACAAGCUGAAGCCAUUCACUGAAACUCGUUAUUUUAGUCACAAGAGUCUAAUUUACUUCGGUAGCUCGUCGAGGAGGCUUGAUUAGUGAGUGAUGGAAGGGGGCACUUUCAGUUAUACAUUCUAAAGUCCGAUGAGAAAUAUGAAAGCAAACCAGUUCAUAUGUAAGCCAUUAAGAAACAAUGUCUACUUGAUAUGUUUUCACAGCUUGUUGUUGGAAAGAAAGCUUUGUGUAAAUUUAGUAACUAUUUGAGAUGCUGUUCUUCUAUUUUUUCCAAUGUACAAUUUAAUGAAGUGUCUUCAAUAAAGGAAAGUGAGUCCUCUAUCUGAGACGAAUGUAAUUAUAGCAACUUGCAUUUAG